AUGUCAUACAAUCAAUUCCCCCAUCGUAGACGAGUGAUACAAGCAUGCGUAAACUGCCGUAUGCGCAAGACACGCUGUGACGCUGCUCAACCAAGAUGCGGCCUCUGCGCUUCACAAAAUGUUGAUUGCGUCUAUCGAGAUGCGAAACAACCCAAGAUUGACUAUAACACUCAAGUCCUCCUGGAGCGGAUGCAACUGCUCGAGGAUCGCAUCCUUUUGUCAACUUCAUCAUCGCAGGCUCAGAGAGCUCCGCCAGAAGCGUCACCUAUGAGCCAUCAUGAUCCACAGCCCGACAACUUGCAUGACUCAACCACUGAGGGCCGAGAGCCCGUCUUUGAAGUUCAAAUACCUCUUUCGCAUACGGCCAACGCCAAUCACGUUUUCUCAUGGAGCUUGGUCCAGACGCUUCUGUCAGAGAACAGCACAGAUCAACAGGACUUGCCGAGCUAUGCAGAUGCAACUGAAGUCUUCUUUCAAGAGCAGCAGAACAGCAAACAUCCCUCAACAACUUCGCAGCCUCUUUCCUCGUGGAAGCUCUACGAUAGCUCAUACUUUAGCUCGUCUCGUGACGAUAGUAUAGCACGACUGCACGACUUGAUUCACCUCUAUUUUACAAAAGUCAACAUUUUCUUCCCUCUGCUGUCAAAGAGCAAUAUUCUCAAUAUCUUCGAGAUGGUAACAGCGAGAGAGGUCUAUGGAAAUGAUGAGACACCAAUGGUCGAUAUGCCGCAAUACGGCCUGCUUCUUGUGGUUCUUUGCCUGGCAUUACUGAGUUCGAGUGGGCAGUCUGACAUAUGCAUCGAAAAGAACCGUAGAUACAGUCAACCCUUCUCAAACAGCUCAAACAUUCCUGAGGAGCAGCUGAGAAGCGAACUAUGGUGCAAAGCAAGGUUGAUACUGGGUUACGUCUCCACUGAUAUGUCAUUAGAAGCGGCUCAGGCCAAUAUGCUUGCAAGCAUCUACAUGGGUGCGUCGGGUGCAGUAGCAGAAGCCUUUCACUGGGCGCACGCAACGGCUGUCAAGUGCGAGAGUAUGGCCCGAUUACAAGCAAAGAAUGAGAGUAUCUCUGAUGGCUUCCGCCGCUUGUACUGGAUAUCCUUCAUAUACGAAUGUGAUUUCAUAUCUGAGAUAUCAAUUGUGUCACCAUCUGGUAUAGCAAGAUAUGAAGACAAAAUCCCAUACCCAGCAUUUACUGCUGAAAACCACCCUAUCUCGCCAUCCGUACCAGAGUCAUCAGAAGCACACUCGAUAAGGAGCCAGGAAGAGCUCGUCGCGUUUCAAAUAACCACAAACUCAGCCAUCAGACGCUUUCUGAACACUGUUAACAGUGUUGUUUACGAUGACAAGGAGCAGUUCCGGACAAGACGAUCAAACUACGCAUCUUGGCUGCUCAGAAUAUCGGAAGAUCUCUGGUCGCAUCACUCUGCCAUAUACCGCAACCUACCCGAGUUCCUCCUUAGCAACCCGUCUCAAGAUGUCCCAAUGACAGGGGCUGAUACAAGCUCUCCUGCAAGUCUCCAAUCGCCAACAGCGCGUAUUCAGGGCAUCCCAGUCGGCAAUAACUCAUGGAACAUCUUGAGACUCAAGGGGAGAUACUAUGCAGGCCAAUACAUUAUACACAGGCCUUUCAUCGAGUUCAUUGUUCUCAAUAUCGACAACUUCGAAUCACAUCCUUGCAAAGACGCAGUUCUUAAACGAUCCAAGUCUUGUUUGGAUGGAUGCACGGGGUUUAUCAAGGUAUUUGAUGUUCAGACGGUAAAUAGUUUGACAUGUUUGUUCCCCACUGGGAUGGUUACCUUUACUAUGACUAUCAUCCUGAUGGUUGCGACGAUCUUUCCGAUAUUCAAGGAUCUACUGCCCGACGAUGUGGAGGAUGUAAUUCUGGGUGGAAAGAUGAAUCUCGCUCGAUUCAGCCAGAGUGUGGCAGAGUUUUCAUGGCAUAUCGAAAUACUAGAGAGGCUUGAUGUGGCUCGGAGAAAUAGAAUAGUAAGACACGAGGAAUGAUAAAUGACUACUCGACUUGCAUUCCCAUGUCUAAGCUGACUUUGUAUACGGAUAUCGAUAUUACUUGCUUUUUGUAUUAUACUAAAAC